AUGGGUGAAGAUGUUUGGGGGCCACCAGGUCAGCAAUCUUGGGUUACCAUGGAUGACGGCUGCGAAAUCUUGGUUCGCAAGUGGGCACCUGAAUCAGGUCAGGCGCUGGCAGUGCUUCAUAUUUGCCAUGGAAUGGCCGAACACUCUGCGCGUUAUGCUGGCCUAGCGCUUCGACUUGUAGCUGAAGGAUUCAUUGUCCAGGCCGCAGACAGCCGAGCCCAUGGUCAGACUGCUCUCAAGGCUGAGCAGAUGGGUGUCAAAGGCCAUCGAAUUGGCCAUGUGGAUGUGAAGGAUGGGAAGGUGCUGCCAAGAAUUGCGCAGGACCACGCCUUUCUUUGCGGACGUGCCAUUCAAGAGCAUGGAUUGCCAUUGAUUGUCUUAGGCCACUCCUUGGGCAGUGUGAUUGCCACACUUGUUGUAGCAAACAUGGACCAGGCACCAGCUGCCAUGAUUCUCAGUGCUGCACCUGCCAGACUUCCCGGACCGAUGCGGGUAGUCUUGGGGCGGGUGCUGCCCAUCCUUGACAAAUUGUACGGCACAGAUGGCGUAGCGCCGUUGAUUAACACGUUGACUUUUGACAAGUUCAACAAGCAGUUUGCGCCAAACGUGACCGAUAAUGAUUGGCUCAAUCGGGACCCAGCAGAAGUGCAGAAGUACGAGAACGACCCGCUGUGUGGUUUCAAGCUGAGUGUUGGAUUUUGGAGUUCGAUUUUCGAGACGGUCCAGCGGGUCGGCAGCAAAGAGAUCUUGAUGAGGCUUCCAAAGUGCCCUGUGCUUUCGAUUCAGGGAGGCAACGAUGCUUGCACCGUCAAUGACCUGGGCGUUAACUCGUCCCAGCAGCUAGCAUCAGAGUUCCGAGCAGUUGGGCUCGAGGUUCACAAGCGCAUCUCUUAUGGAAAUGGCCGCCAUGAGAUCUUUCUCGAGACAUGUAGAGACGAGGUCGUGCAAGACUUGCUGGACUUCGCUCGCAAAGUCCUUUCAUCAUCCAUACGAAGCAAGCUCUGA